AUGGCAGAAUCAGCAGAGGAAAUGAUCUUAGUUUCUGGAUUCAAAAAUAACCAGUUUAAACUGUUGUGUCAACAUCCAGUCGAUGCAAUCCACACCUUACACAGCACGUUUGACUUGAAGAAGGUAGACUUAGUGUUAAUGGAUUUUCAGAGUGAUGGCUACCUUCAAGGAUUGAAGGCUUUGACAGAACUUGGACUUUUUUACCCUGGAUCACUAAUACUUCUAAAUAACAUGGGUCCCCUGGUCAGAAAAGACUUUGUAGAACAUCUUGAGAAAAGUGUACAUUAUACAGUGGUAAAUGGCUGC